CCAAACAAACAAAAAAAAAAAAAAAAUAAAAUAAAAAAAAAACCAAAAAAACAAAAAAAAAAACACAAAAAAAAAUAUACAGAAAAUCAUUAUUUUAACACGGCGCACGAACUUUUUCCUCAACCUAAUAAAAGGUCAAGAAAAAGUCUAUGAUGUGGAAUAGUAGUUAUCUAGUUAGUUCCUGGCAAUUUUCACAUAUCUCAUAAAGUUCAGCAUCCUAAACAACUUUGUUACUUAGUGUAGUGUUAUAAUCGGCUCUGAGAGACGGCAGAGUUUAGUCUCUGAGAACACCGUGAAUUUCAAUGGAUUGUCGCUUUUUGCCGUGAAUAAAUGGCUCGAAUGUCUUAUCUUUAUCUUGUUUGGGGUGAAAAGAGACAUUCGAAUGGAGACUCUCCACACUUUGGAUCUGAGUUGAAAACUAUCUGACAAGAUUUUGCAUUAGGAUGUAGAAAGAUGUUUGAUCUAUCAUCAUGUUCGAUAGCAAGUUUUUCUGAUUAAAAACGGUUGAGAACUUGCAAAAAUACGAUGAAGAUAUCAAAAAAACAUCUUGUAUCCCAAAAUACUUUAUUCUAUUCAGGAAUGAAACUGAAACGCUAACAACAACAAUAGAAAUAUUAUCUACACUAGUAUUGUCCUUAAGACAACGGAGUAAUAGCAUUCGUCAAAAAACAUUACUUCAACCACCAUGUGAUUAUCAAACAGAAUCUCGUCGCUCAUCGAUUAGUGGCGGUCGACGUCCAAGUUUUCAAGAAACUGAAUCAUCAAAAUCCCGUUCAAAUUUAAGAAACUUUUAUAUAUUUUUUGGCAUAUUAUUUGUAUUUAUCUUAACUGCUGUUGUCUAUUCAUUUAUUCGAAUGGUUUAUAAUCAACCAAUAUGA